ACAGAAGCUGCAUUUGUACGAGGAGUAGCAGCUCUCGUAGCGUGGCGGCGACCGCUGGCUUCUCCUUGCUCCCCAUCUCCUUCUUGCCUUGGUGAGGCGAGAGGAUGCACCCAGGUGUAUCUUCCCUCACACGCCUCGUCCGCGCAAGAAUCAUAAAACAGCCUCCACGCAGCUUCCACCGGCCAGGCAUCCAUCGCCUCAUCCCGCAGGCAGCGCGCCAGCUCACCAACAACAAGACCGACAUGAACAGCAGCACAGACAGCAGCAAGGACAGCGGCGAUUCUGCGACCACUGCCACAUCCACAGCCACAGCCACAGACACCGGCAGCACGGCAGUGCCAGUGCCACCCACACCACCCACAGACGUGAGGGAGGAGACUCUGCUGUCGGGGCUGGUCGGCAUGUACAGGAAGCUGGGAGCAAGCCAGGGGAGGUCGGCGUACCUCAUGGCCGACGGCAGCGGGCGGGUGGACGGAGCCAAGGUCCUCAAUGAGCUGGCCACUACGGUGGGAGAGGAUGAGAAAAUCGCAGCCGAGUUCGCCAAGACCAUCGACAGGUAGGUAAAACUCCACGCAGGCAAACACAUGCAAGCCUAGCAGGCGGGAGGACACGUCCUCAUGUCAUGUGAUGUGUUGGACUGUCUGCUCUGUUUGUCGCGUAUCGUAUCGUCCUCCAGCGAUACCCUCGGCCGCAUUGAAGAGGCAACCAAGGACGAGCAGCAUGUGAGCGUGCCCGACCCAGGUCCGCUGCAGCUGUGGCUGCUGGCCUUCUCUUUCGCCGUGUCGUACGCUGGCUUUGGCUUCGUUGACAACUUCGUCAUGAUCGCUGCGGGCGACGUGGUGAGUGGAGUGGAAGGGGUCGCGUCACCUUACCCAACCAGCCAGCCGUCAUACACACACAUGCGUCCUACCGACCAUCUUUCCCUUUCUGCCCGCUGUCCUUGUCCGUCUGUGGUCAGUUCGAUGCCACUCUGUGCGUGUACAUGGGCUUGACGACGCUUGCUGCCGCCGGUCUGGGCAACCUCCUGAGCGACCUGCUGGGGCUGCUCAUCAAGGGCAUCAUCGAGGACCUCGGUGGGCGAGUGGGCGUGCCGGACGCACGGCUCAGCCCCGCACAAAUGGCCAUGAGGAAGACCAAAAUAUGGUAAACAAACAAACGUUCGAACGAGGACACACGAACGACAUGCGUGGCAUAUGGGUACUUGCGUCUGUCUAUUCGUUGGUUCUUCCUUCUUGUAUGUGUGUGUGCAGGGGCAAUGUGGGCAGCAUGGUGGGCGUGACGGCCGGGUGUGUGCUGGGGAUGUGCCCUUUGCUGUGGCUCGACACCGACGAGGCGGAGCGGCUCAAACACAAAAAGAAGAGAAACGAGCUCUUCGCCGUCGUGGUGAGCCAGCCAGCCAGCCAGACAGACAGCGACGCACAAAACAACCCCCACACACAUAUACAGGUUAAUUGCUGUGUCCUUGUGUGUCCAUAUAUCUGUUCAGAAUGAGGAGCUUGCGGCCGUGUUGGAGUCUGAGCAGGCGUCGAUGUACCUGCUAGACCCGACGGGCACCGAGGUUCAGACCAAGCACCAGCCGCACCUCCACGCCCACCGCCACCCGCCCCUCUCGGGCAGCAGCCGCACACAGCCCUCAUACACUGACGCCACCGAAACCACCAUGAACGUCGUCAGGGCUCCUGUUGUGGUGGAGAGGGAGCGAAUCGAGCGGCUCAUCAAGGACGAAACCGACAGAGGAGGUGACAGGAGGGGCGAGGGCGUGAUGCCAGGGGGAGGGGGCGGGUGGUUUAAGGCCAGGAGGCGACCGCGACGGUCGACGGAUCCCGACGAGGACGACAUUCGGGUGCCGGUGAGCUGGGAAACAAACGGGGAGCAGACAGACAGACAUGACAGAACGGGUGGAUCGAUGGAUUGCUGGAUGUGGGGUAUGGUAGGUCUCCAAGCUGGACAAGGAUGGUCUGGGCUACGUCCUGGCCACAAAGCAGGUAAGGCAACACACCACACCCUUGUUUGUUUACACGGCUACCAUGGGAAAUACUACACACGGUAGGUAUCUGACUGUGUGUGUUGCCAUUUGUUCAGAUGGUGAAUCUGUCGGGCGACAAGGCGGCCCAGUGGAUCUCCUACCCCCGGCUCAUCCGGCACACCCCAGACCUGCCCACACCUUCUCCACCCCCUCUGCCCAGGCAUCACGCCACGCACCACCACUCACCGCCACACAAGAGACUCCGCAUCCUCCCACACGUGCUCGACCGACCGCCGCCCUCGCGAGCUGACGACAAGCAUGCCUCAGAGGGGACACCCUCCCACACACACACGUCAGCAGCAGCUGCUGCCCCCGCCCCCUCUGCUAGCAGCAGCAGCUCUGCGACGGAUGCAGGACGCCCGUCUGAGGGUUCGGCGAGUGCCGAGAAGGAUAGAGAGAAGGAUAAGGAGAGGAGUGGCGGCAUGUCGCUGUUCCUGGCGUCGGACACGAUGUACGAGAAGGACGCCAUGGCCAAGACGGGCAAGCCCACCGAGCCAAAGUACGUCUUCACCUUCAGGAAAGUGAAGCCCCAGGGGGCGAGGGCGAGCCCCUAUGCGGAAGGACUGGCGCCCAGACAGGUGCUAUGCGCACCUCUCAUCGGCACCAGGGUGGGUGACUUCCUGACAGACACACGCCAGCCACAUAAGACAAGGCGACACAUGUGUUGGAUGUGUGUGUGUGGAUGUCUGUGGGGUAGGGUGAGCUGAUAGGGAUGGUUGAGGUGCUGAACAAGGUCGGUGGGACGGGCUACACGGCGAGCGAUGCGCGGGUGCUGCGGGCGGUAUGCAGCCACCUGGCCAUCCACCUCGAGGAGGCCAAGAACCAACACGUACACCAAAGGCCAGAGGCGCUCAGGAAGGUCUUCUGGUGAGUGAGGACUUUGGGCAGAUCUGCAGACCUUGUGGACGAAUGUGUGUGUGUGUGUGUGUGUGUGGCACAUCAGGAUGUGUCGGGAGCACAUGGCGGGUUCUCCCUCUCCCGCAGCGGCCAAGCAGGAGGGUCUGUCCUGGGGCAGCUACCUCAAGUCCUUCAUAUGGAGCAGCAGCAGCGGCAAAUGAAUGAACCGACCAUCCCUCCGUUUGUCCAGUGACGGAGGGACCGAUGCGAUGGAUACAAUUCAAGCAAGACUCAGAGGGAGAAAAAAGGGGGAAGGGGGGAGGGGCGCCCGAGUGCCGCAAGACACAUGGGGGUCAAUGAAUGUGGCAACCAAGCAGCGAGCGGGCAGAAUCCACGGCAAUGUGGUCGUCGCCGUGUGUGUGGGUGAAUGUGCGUGUGCGUACCUACUGGUAGGAUUGCGUCUGUUCGUCUGCCUGUCUGUCUGUCUGUCUGUGUGUGUGUGGGCGUGUCGUCCUCUGUGCCUGUCUCCUUCAUUCACUCUGCUGACUGCCUCCCGCUCAUAUGUCAGCUCACUGCCCUAAGGACAUCUCACUGCUGUCUCUUCUCGCACUGUCCGCCUAUCUGUCUGUCUGCCUGUCUCCUUACUCACUGCCUGUGACUCACUCACUCCACUCCCUGCCUGAGUGACUGACUCCUUCGCCAUUUUUCUCUCCUUCCCCUGCUCACCUUGCUCACACGCAAGCAAGACCGACCAUGGGACAUGGAUGGCAUGUGCAGCUGUCCGAGCCAAUACACACCUGCGUGUGCUUGAUGUGAUGGCGGUGGUGUGGUGUGGUGCUGUGUGGGCGCUGCGUCCAUACGUGCGUGUCUGUGGAGAGAUGGAUGGAUGGACGGACGGCUGGCCUGGAUGGGCAGUCCGGCCAUGGGAGGGUUUUUCAGACGUCAAUCUGUCUGCCUGCCUGCUUGCGUGUGUCCGGUCCCUCCCUCCCUGUAUACUUAAGUAUUCGCGUGGCGUGAUCGCUGUGACAAGAGAGACCGUUUGUUCGGUUGGUUUCGAUGUAUCCGCC